AUGGGUCAAGGCAAGCACAAGGCGAAGAGGGGCAAAUUGGCCUACUUGUCUAUUCCUAGUGGUGGCGCGAGCAGCCGGCUUAGUGUCAGCAGAAUUUCCGAACCUGAAGACGAGUGGGUCUUCAGGGUGGACGAUGUUACCAGUGGUGGAGCAGCGUUUGUCGCUGGGAUUCGCACCGGUGACCACUUCUCAACGUUCCAGUGGGCGACCGCAGAGAAGAAACCCUGGGACGCUGACACGCUGGAGGCCCUGGAAAACCCGGACUCCGAGUCUGAUGGUUUUGCCAUUGUGUCCAUUUGCAAAAAGUAUCCCCUCGGAGACGAUGAAAAGGAGUUUCAGAAGUAUCGGGACUCGGCUAUUCAGAAGAAACAGGUACAUGUAUGCAUGCAUGCACCAAACCAAACCAACAAUGAGAUGGGUCGACUGACUAGGUGUGAUGUUGCUGAUGCCGCAAGUCCACAUGGAAAACCAAGGAAAAGCUCAACCAACUCCCUCAAUUCUACUGGGAAAACGACGAAGUACCAACCGAGGCACAUCGAAAAGCCCCGACUGAAGAAACCCAAACGUGCAUUUAAUGGCAGCGAUUGCGAUAGCGAGAGCAGCGAAUGGGACUCCUGUGUGUCAUCUCUUGGGCCGUGCGAAAAAGACGACGAAGACGAUGAUGAAGAAGAAGGCGGUGACCAGCUUUUGCAGCAAGAGGGAGGCGACGGAGAAGAAGAUGAUGAAGAAGAGAGCAAAGGCGACUCGAAUGCACCUGAAAUCUUGGCCGCCGAACUGUGGGGGCCGGCUCAGGGCUUAAUGCCACCUGAAGUCGAGGAAGUUUUAAAUCCGCGACACCAGUCAGGCUCACCAGCACCUCUCAAUACUUCUUCGCCAGCUGAAGUUCCUCCUCCUCCUGUUGCAGCUCCUCCGACUGCUGAAGCUGUCCUACUGCAAGUCAUCAAGGAAGCUAAGAACUACUCUGGAGCGAUAUCGUCAAGCUCGGAAUGGACCUCAAGGCUUUUUGACUUGCUGGGAGUGUCGACGGGGAGCUUUCUUGAACAAUUAGGCAGACCUUCGCCUGCGGACUUUGUCGGUCUACUCGAGCAAACCGUGAAACCACUCGCGGAGUGGUCCUCGCUCGCGGGCCAGGACGAUGGGGACAUGGCUGCGAGCAUCAACCGGAUCGUGGAUGCAGCUACUCUACUGCCGUCGAAAGCCAGCGCAGAGGUGAACGUGGAACCAACAAUGGAGCAGAUUCGCACGCUGGAAGCAGACGUCGAGUCCACCUCGGAUCCCGAUCGAGCCAAGCUGCGGCGGAUCAAGGCGGAGGAGAAGGACAUGGAGGUUUGCAUGAAAAUAACGGGCCUGCUGUCCGCCCAGCGGGAACGCAUCGACUGCUAUGAUCAAAUGAUCACGGAGCGUCAGGGCUGCUGCCAUACUGUCGUUGUCCCAGCGACCCCGGGUGGCUCGGAAGUGGCACGGGAGACGUGCACAAGGGCUAACGAGAAGGCGACCAAGUUGUCGGAAGACUUGUUCUAUGCUUCCAGCAGUGUAUUGGGCGUCAUGGACGACCAAUCGCGCGACUUGGUGUAUAAAUUCACUUUUGAGCAGCAAGUAUCGACUCUAAGAUGCAAAGCUGCGGAGCUGUGA